AAGGGGUUCAGGGGAAAUUUCCCUCCAACUGUGGUUAAAACUGAAAAGAACCUUCAGUUUUGGCACCUGAAAGAUGUCAGCAGCAGGUGCUGAGUUUGUGGAUCAGCACAGGGACAUUCUCAUUCAGAGAGUGACCCCAGUUGAACCCAUAGUCGAUAUGCUGCUAAAAAAAAACAUGAUCCAUCAGGAGAGCUACUCCAGGGUACUUGCUGCUACAACCACUCAGGAUAAAAUGAGAGAGCUGUAUAUGGUCCUGGAUUCUGGAGGAGCAGCAGUGAAAGAUGAAUUUUACACAAUUUUGGAAAGCGACUACAGUCUUCUUGUCAGGGAUUUGGGAACCAUUCAGAUGUUUGGUGCUCACAACCUCUCUGUCCACACCAAGAGUAAGAACAUGUUAUACUUGACAACCGUGCAGAUUAUUGGUGGAGACGGAGGCCGUUGUUUCUACAUCAGUGGUCAAAACAAUGGAGCCACACUGAAAAAGAUAUGGGUGUGGGUAGGAGGCUGGCAGGUGAAGGCUAUAAAGGUUUGGCUCACUGAUGGUCAAUUCAGAGAAUUUGGAUAUCCUUCUGGCAAAUUUACAGAGUUUCAGUUUGAAGAUGGAGAGCGUUUUACCUCACUUUCACUGUGGGGAAAUGGAAAUGGGACACGACUAGGUGCCAUCAAAUUCAAGACAAAUCACUCACGAGAAUUCUUUGCAUAUAUGACAGAAUUGGAAUUAGAAACAGAAUACCCCGUUGAUGUUGGCUCUGGAAUCUGCAUUGGAAUUGUAGGAAACUCAGGUGCAGACAUUGAUUCCCUAGGGUUCCUAUUCCUCAAUACCAUCAAGUCUACCAUAUUGACCAAUGUCCAGUAUCCCACACUUCAUCAAGUCACUCCCCAAGUGAUUACCGAAGAAUUAAAAUCAAUGACUUAUCAAAACAGGUCUUCAGUCACUCAAGAGUACAAAAUAGACACCUCAAAGACAAUAACCAAAAAGUCAUCAUGGUCUGUGCCUAACAAGAUGGAAGCUAACUUUCACAUGGAGGUGAGCGCUGGGAUUCCAGAGGUUGCAGAAGUGUUUGAUGGGUUAAACUUCACAUUGCAAGCAGAAAGUACAUAUGGCUUAGAGUAUUCAGAACAGAAAACUGAGGUUCUGUCUUUUUCUGUCCAAGUUCCUCCAGGGAAAACUAUGGAUGUUGACAUCACAAUUGGUCGAGCCAAAGUAGAUCUCCCCUACACUGGAACUGUGCAGAUUACCUGCUUCAAUGGCAGUGUUCUAGAGAUUAAUAUCAGUGGAACCUACAAGGGCCUCACUUACACUAAAGCAAAAACAGUUGUAUCAGAAUCCUUAAAAAAACUGGAAUAAGCUGAUGCUACCAUUAUGAUUUAUAAAGCAGAAUAUGCAUAAAAAAGAUGCAACAUUGUGUGAUUUUAAGAAAUGUGUUUUAUUAUACUAUAUAUAUAUUGCAGGAUAAAACAUUUGUUCUUGGAGUAUAUUGGCUGGUGAAUGCAGAUUAAAAAGAAUGUUUUAUUUCAGUGUAGACAGGCAAAGUGGAAGAUUUAAGUGCAUUCAUUCUUGGAAUUCUUUCUGUAAAUAAAAUUCAGAAUUUUCAAUUUA